AGGAUGGCCAUGCGACUGUCUCUACUGCUUCUCCAUAGUCCUUCCCCACCCCUUCUCCUCCUCCUCUUCCUCCUGGGCAGGGGGAUAGAGGCUGAAACCACUGAGGAUCCUGACCUGCUGGUGACAGUCAAGCAGGGCAAGCUUCGUGGAAUUCAUCUCAAUGCCCCAGGAGGCCCCGUUUCUGCCUUUCUGGGUAUCCCCUUUGCUGAGCCCCCAGUGGGACCCAGGCGCUUCUUGCCUCCAGAACCCAAACGGGCAUGGACUGGGGUCCUGGAUGCCACAUCCUACCAACAUGUCUGCUACCAAUACGUGGACAACGUGUAUCCGGGUUUCCAAGGGUCUGAGAUGUGGAACCCUAACCGGGAGUUAAGUGAGGACUGCCUUUAUCUCAAUGUGUGGACGCCCUCUCCCCGACCCGCGGCUCCUGCGCCAGUCCUGGUCUGGAUCUACGGGGGGGGCUUUUACAGCGGGGCCUCCUCCCUUGAUGUUUAUGACGGACGGUUCCUGGCCAGGGCUGAGGGCACCGUGCUCGUUUCCAUGAAUUACCGAGUUGGUGCCUUUGGCUUCCUGGCACUGCCAGGGAGCCGGGAGGCACCCGGCAACAUGGGGCUGCUGGACCAACGUCUGGCGAUGCAGUGGGUACAGGACAAUGUGGCAGCCUUCGGAGGGGACCCAAGGUCAGUGACACUCUUUGGGGAAAGUGCUGGAGCCGCCUCUGUAGGCAUGCACUUGCUUUCACCUCCAAGCCGUGGGUUAUUCCAUCGGGCAGUGUUGCAGAGUGGGGCUCCCAAUGGACCCUGGGCCACUGUGGGGGCAGGUGAGGCUCGUAGGCGAGCCACCCUGCUGGCCCGGUUGGUGGGCUGUCCCACUGGCAGCAAUGACACUGAGCUGGUGGUCUGCCUGAGGACCCGUCCAGCCCAAGAUCUUGUGGACCAGGAAUGGCAGGUGCUACCCCAACAGAGUGUCUUCCGAUUCUCCUUUGUUCCUGUUGUGGAUGGAGACUUCCUCAGUGAUACUCCUGAGGCCCUCAUCAACGCUGGGGACUUUCAUGGCCUGCAGGUGCUGGUAGGUGUAGUACAGGAUGAGGGCUCCUAUUUCCUGGUCUAUGGGGCCCCAGGCUUCAGCAAAGAUAAUGAGUCUCUGAUCAAUCGAGCCCAGUUCCUGGCUGGAGUGCAGGUUGGGGUCCCUCAAGCGAGUGAGCUGGCCGCAGAGGCUGUGGUUCUGCACUACACGGACUGGCUACAUCCUGACGACCCUGCCCGGCUUCGUGAGGCCUUGGGUGAUGUCGUGGGUGACCACAACGUGGUGUGUCCUGCGGCCCAGCUAGCAGGGGGACUUGCUGCGCAAGGUGCCCGUGUUUACGCCUAUGUCUUUGACCAUCGAGCCUCUACGUUGUCCUGGCCCCUCUGGAUGGGUGUCCCACACGGCUACGAGAUUGAAUUUAUCUUUGGCCUUCCCCUUGAACCGACACUCAACUACACUGGCCCCGAAAGAGUCCUUGCCCGUCGCCUGAUGAGAUACUGGGCCAACUUUGCCCGUACUGGCGAUCCCAACGAGCCCCGGGAGCGCGAAGCCCCGCGCUGGCCUCCCUACACGGCGGGGGCUCAGCAGUACGUAAGCCUCAACCUGCGGCCGCUGGAAGUCCGGCGAGGGCUACGCGCGCAGGCCUGCGCCUUCUGGAACCGAUUCCUGCCGAAGCUGCUCAGCGCCACCGAUAGCCUGGAUGAGGCGGAACGCCAGUGGAAGGCGGAGUUCCACCGCUGGAGCUCCUACAUGGUGCACUGGAAGAACCAGUUCGACCAUUACAGCAAACAGGAGCGUUGCUCUGACCUGUGAAGGGGCUCAGGACCCUUGGAUCCUCCUUCGCCACUCCAGGAAGCUGGCCUCCCCCCACUGUCCCCAGCCCCACAGCUGUACAUACUAUUUAUUUCAGGGCUG